AUGUCGUUUUUCGAACAACCCACCUCUCUCCCUCCGCAUUCUUCCCACCCGGACUUCGGUCACCUCGUCCUACUCGUCUUCGAGGCCGUUUUGGAGGUAGUCUGUGUCAGCCUGCCCGGUUACAUCAUCGCCAGGCAGGGCAUGUUUGACGGCACCGCUCAGAAAUUCCUGGCGAAUCUGAACGUCCAGCUUUUUACACCGUGUCUUAUCUUUACCAAACUUGCGUCCCAACUGACCGCCCACAAACUCGUCGAACUCGGCAUCAUCCCCUUCAUCUUCGUUAUCCAGACCGCGGUGUCCUAUAUCUGCGCAUAUGUGAUCUCCAAGCUAUUCCGCUUUCAGAAGCGGCCACGGAACUUUGUCAUUGCGAUGGGGGUGUUUGGUAACUCCAACUCCCUUCCGAUCUCACUUGUCUUUUCCUUGGCCAAGACCUUGUCCGGCCUACAUUGGGAUCGAAUCCCUGGAGACAACGACGAGGACGUGGCGGCGAGAGGGAUCCUUUACCUACUCAUUUUCCAGCAAUUGGGUCAGUUGGUGCGUUGGAGUUGGGGGUACCACGUCUUACUGGCACCCCCGGGGAAAUUUGAACGGGACGAGAGGGGACAGACGCCAAGGAUUCGGAGCGAUUACUCGGACGACGACGUAGAGGAACAACGCGAUCUUCUCAGUGACUACUCGGACGAAGGCUUUGAAUCGGGGACACAAACACCUGGCGCCAACAGGAACGGUUACGGACCAAAGCCAAGUCAUAUGCACUCGGAUUCCGAGUUUGGAUCUGGGAGCGAACAAUCCCCAUCUUUCCCCGUGUCGCACUUCAGUCCCAACGGCGCUCCCCAUCUCCCUCGAGACUAUUCUGUAGCCCAUAUUACGCACUUUCCUAUGCCGUCUUCGGACCUAGCGAAAUCAAUGCCCUCGGGACCGCGGGGCUGGCCGAAACGCGCACGGGAUAUAGUCUCCCAAAAAUGUACCGAUUUCUCCACAUUGGUCGCAUCCAAGUUGACGAACGCGUUUCAUUCAUUGCCUCGGCCGGCUCUGACCAUUUUCGCCUGGGUUUACCGUCAGAUAUCUCGGUUCAUGCACGGUCUGUGGGAUUUCAUGAACCCACCACUCUGGGCCAUGCUUGCUGCCAUCAUCGUUGCAUCGGUUCCUAAUCUUCAACACGUGUUCUUCGGUCCCGGCACUUUCCUCUCCAACUCCGUCACACGAGCCAUUUCUCAGUCGGGAGGGGUAGCGGUUCCAUUGAUUCUCGUGGUCCUGGGCGGUAAUCUCGCUCGAAAUACGCUCCCGGAGGAAGAUCCGGAGGAAGAUCCGGAAGUGGCAAAUGCAAAGACGAAGGAAGAUCGAAAUCUUCUCAUCGCCAGCCUUAUCAGUCGAAUGUUGCUCCCAACCAUCGUCAUGGCACCCAUCCUAGCGCUUACCGCAAAAUACGUGCCCGUGAGCAUCUUGGAUGACCCGAUCUUCGUGAUCGUAUGCUUUCUUCUUACCGGAGCGCCCAGCGCGCUUCAGCUGGCUCAGAUCUGUCAGAUCAACAAUGUUUACAUGGGAGCGAUGAGUCGUUUGCUCUUCCAAAGUUAUGUGAUUUGGUACUCCAAAGAUCUCGACGCAGAUGCAGACUUCUCAUUGGACCAACCUGCUACAAAACAGUAUAGCACAACCUUAGGUACUAGGCGCCUCAGUGGACGGCUGUCUAAAGAACGCUUGGCAUCCCCUCGUCUACGGCCAUUCGACCAACAGCUUCCAAUUCGAGGAGUCGACCGGGACAAUCAAUUUCACGACGAGACAUCCAAAAGCGUCGCUGCUAAGGUGCAUGAAUGGUUGGUGGCAGAAAGGGCCCGACAAAGAAGAGCAAGGCAGAGCAAACGGGUUGCCGAAGGGCACAUGGACGGACGAACAUCGCACGUCAAAGAUUUCAAGGGCAACGCAGCAACACCUAUUCAUGAUGAGGCUACCGCGUCCGGUGGUCGCCGUACCUCGGACACCUCCGAAGGAUCUGCUGCUCUUGAUCGACUGCAAGCUAUCCUGGACCGCUGCUCUACCCAUAUCCCACCGGUAGACGGGGGCUUAAGCCGUCGAACCUCGCUUACCAGAAGGAAGUUAUUGCGACUUUCCCGAGCCUCGACGGUUUCAUCAGAUACCGACUACGCUGACAGCGAUCCCCUUGUUCCUUCUUGCGAUGCGGUACUCGAUAAUUCCAAGACACUGUCGUAUGCUGGGGGUGAGGCCGAUGACGGCUCAGGUCUACGCAGUGCUAGCCGUACGUCUCUGCAAGAGAAAGAAGGAUGGGCAAUAUUCAAGUAUGAGAUUGUCCGCCUGACCCAUACGUUGCGAUUGAGACGAUGGCGUCACGUUCCUUUACAUCUGUCGAAGGACAUUGAUGUGGAAAGAUUGAGUGGGGCGUUGACAAAUGCAGUCUACGUCGUUACACCUCCGAGAGACUUGCUCUUGCAACAACUUUCCUCGGAUGGAGCUCGAGAGGGACAAGGAUCGUCGGUCAAACUCCGAAAACCGCCAAAGAAACUUCUCCUACGAAUCUACGGACCGCAAGUGGAGCAUCUCAUUGACAGGGACGUGGAAUUAGCCAUCUUGAGGAGACUGGGUAGGAAGAAUAUUGGGCCCAAGCUGCUAGGCACGUUUGCGAAUGGCAGGUUCGAGGAAUAUUUCCAUGCGCAGCCCCUGACCCCUAAAGACUUCCGGGAUCCUGGCACAAGCAUUCAGAUCGCCAAACGGAUGAGGGAACUACACGAGGGAAUCGAGCUAGAAGCGAAUGAGAUUGCUGGCGGGCCAUUUGUUUGGAGAAAUUGGGACAAAUGGGUUCAACGGUGUGAAAAGAUUGUCGGUUUCCUAGAUGGGGAGACGAUCAAACGCAAUGAUGACUCUCCUCUCGUCUGCGGGGUCCCAUGGGCGCUUUUUCGGAACACCGUGGACAGAUAUCGAGAUUGGCUUAAUCACCAGUAUGGGGGAGUCGAAAAGGUUAAGGAAGAGUUGAUAUUUGCUCACAAUGAUACACAAUAUGGCAACAUUUUACGGUUGGCACCAUCCGGGUCGUCGCCUUUGCUCCUUCCAGCAAACGAGCAUAGGCAACUCGUGGUCAUCGACUUUGAGUAUGCCAACGCCAACGUUCGAGGGCUAGAAUUUGCGAACCAUUUCACUGAGUGGUGCUAUAAUUACCAUUCGACGACGGCGUCCUUCGCGUGUAAUACCAAAUACUACCCCACCCCUGAAGAACAAGCUCGAUUUAUCAAAGCCUACAUUCAACAUCAUCCAAAAUUCGGAGGAAGCCGAUCGAACACCCUGUAUCGCAUGGACAGCAACCAGUCUAAUGCUAGCACCGAGGCUGGGACGCCAAAUUCCAGUACCACAGAGACACUGAGUCUUGCGGAGCAGCCAGCACCAGCCCAGCGUCCGACAAUCGGGGCCUCCAAAACGACAGGAAGCAUUAGUGGUUCGACGGGGUCGCUCUCCCUGUUGCUCUCCGACUCGCGAUCUCCCGCAGGUCUUCGAUUGCCUCCUGCGACAUCAUCGUCCCAAUCGUUCGGGGAAGUAGACGAUCGAGACGUGGUCGUCGAUCUCGAAGUCAAAAAAUUGAUGCACGAGACGAUGAUUUGGAGAGGAGCCAAUUCGGCGCAAUGGGUGGCCUGGGGCGUUGUACAAGCCACAAUUCCUGGUCCAGAGGAAAAUAACUCCAAGCCAGGGGAUGCGGCUGGAGACGAGAUCGACAAGGAUCAAGCAUCAGGAUCAGUUGAGAAAGAUGGAGGACUUGAAUCGGAGGAGGAGGAGGAGUUCGAUUACUUGUCCUAUGCCCGAGAACGCGCCAUGUUCUUCUGGGGCGACAUGUUGCUUUUAGGGAUUGUCCGCGAGGAUGAAUUGCCGGAGAAUUUGCGUGCUUCCGUCAAGAGAGUUGCAUAUUAA